AUGAGUGCGGAGCGUGACUCAAGCGCGCCGGUACGCUCAUCCCCUUCGGAUGUGAGGACAGCAGGUGGGCAGCGCCUCUCGCUCAUCACUUGCCGCACCGCCAUCACUCCACCGACUGUGCCACCGCGAACGCUCUCCCCGCUGCCACCGGUGUUCCCCAUCCAGGUAGUGACUCGCACGACAUCGCCAACGCCCUCUACCGUGCAUACCCCUGUCCGCGGCAUGCAGAUCAGUAGUGACAAUCACGAGAACUUGAACAGCAGCAGUGGCAGCGGUGGUAGCUCACAUAACACCUAUAAGAGCGUUCCGAGCUCAGCGCCAACGUUGGGCAGCAGCCCCUCGUGCUCCGUGGCUGCGGAUGAAUCCUCGCGCGGCUUCCUCUACGCGAAUACAUCCAGCGUCGGUGGCACAGCGGUGCCUAAAGUAGUUUUCUUCGACAACACGAAGGCCGGCCUUCACGCUGUUGACAAGGCGAAGACGGAGGCCCUCAUCACGGCGCUCUCCAAGAACUCUGACUUUUACAUUAACGAGGAACGCAAGGCACAACGGCGGAAGCGGCAGAUUGAAGGACUCCUGGUGAAGACACGGCAAUACGAAGGGAAUGUGUGUGGUCAACCUGACGUAUUCCGCCAGCUGCAGCGCGACGUGGCAGACCUCGAGGCCAGCUUUGAGAUGUAUCGCAGCUUCGACUCCAUAUAUGUCCACGUAGACAUGGACAUGUUCUACGCCGCUGUUGAGAUGAAAAAGAACCCACAGUACGCAGAGGUGCCACUUGGGGUCGGCAGCAUGGCAAUGCUCUCCACAACAAACUACCUUGCCCGGCAGUACGGCGUGCGGUCUGGGAUGCCCGGCUUUAUUGGCAUGCGACUGUGCCCUCAACUUGUUAUUGUGCCCACCGACUUUGCAGCGUGCCGAGUCGAGUCCGCCAAGUUCAAGGGCGUAGUGCGAAACUACGACCCCGCCGCACAAGUGCUCGGCAUGGAUGAGAUCAUGAUGCGCCUCGAUGACUACCUCGCGCAGCAUCACAUGGACGCCACAACGCACGCGGAGCGCUUUGACGUUGCCGAAAGGAUCAUCGAGGAGUGCCGACGGCGCGUCGCCGAGGUAACCGGGCUGACCGCCAGCGCCGGGAUCGCGCCGACGCCGACGCUGGCGAAAAUGGCGUCCGACUAUAAAAAGCCGAACGGGCAGUUCGCAGUUCGCCUCUUCAGCCGCGAAGCCGUGAUGGACUACCUCGCCAGCAUCCCCGUCCGCCGUGUGCCCGGCAUCGGCAAGUCGCGGGAGAGCAUCCUUGCCGGGCUUGGGAUACAUACACUCGGUGAAGUAUACCAGCAGCGGCAUCGACUCUUCUACAUUCUGACGCGAAAGACGUACGAAUUUCUUCUUGCCUCGGCCAUGGGCGUCGGUGGCAUGUACGACUCGCUGGAGGCCGCGCCACCUUCAUCAGCCGGAACGACCACCAAGACGGUUGCCGCAUUGGACGGAGAGUCGAACGAGGACGACUGGAGACGAAAAUCAGUAGGUCAAGAGCGCACCUUCUACAAGCUGAAAAAUCGCAUGGAGUUGCAGGCGAUCGCGCACAUGAACCUGCGUCAGUCACACGAGACCCUCGUAGCGGAAGACCUCCUCUGCUCUCAGGUGGUGCUCAAGCUGAAGCACCGCAGCUUCCAUGUGAAGCAGCACAGCAAGUCGCUUAACUUGUACACAGACGACUACGAAGUCCUACGACGGGCCCUCGACGACUUACUCUUGCCAGUUGUGGACGACUUUGCCAAGUUUCGGCUGCUCGGCAUACGGCUGGAAAAGCUCAGGCGGCGACCCCAAAACAGCGGCGCAGGCGGCGCGAUCAUUCUGACGGUAAAGUCAACCGCCGAGGCAGAGUCAACGCAGCCCACACUGAGUCACUUUUUCGCUCGCCAGUCGGCGAGCGCAGCGCAUCCGAUGCGGCAUACACCGCAGAAGCAGCAGCAGCAGCUCUUGGCUCUGCGAAAGCGCUACCGUGACACCAGCCGCAGCGGUGAAGGGAACGAUAGCUCUGCCGACCUCAGCAACAACGGCGACGAAGACGGUGCCGUACUCGUCGUCUCCUCCGAAAGCCAGCUAACGGAUGUGGAGGAGGUGAACGGCCCCAUGGUGAGCUGCGCCGCACCGUCCCCGCACCCUGGUCUUUGUACCGCCCCAGCCGCAAAGGAGCAGAAGAAGGCGCACGACGAAGAGGUCGGUAGCGACGGCAGCGCUGAUGACGACGUGGUCAUCGUGGAAUGA